AUGUCUCAAUCAUAUCCUCCAGGCCAGACCGCGCGCGACCUGCUCUACCUCUUCCCGCACGUCGAGGACGACACAAUGUCAUCAAUCCUCAAUCAUUCUCUCCCUGGCGGCGACCUCUACAAGCUAGACUCACGACGCAUCCUUGAGGCACAAUGGGACCUCAUCGACGCCUCUCUAGACGACAGCGCUCCGCCACACACGCUGCGUACCUCCCCGCACGCCGUCGACGUCUACCCCACGCUCGACGCGCUCCUCGUCCCGCUCAACGCAUACUUCUCCGUGCUCACUCUGCACGGGCUCGCGCGUGGCCAGCCGACGAUGCUCCCCUACUACUUCUUCCGCUACAGCAGCCACCUCGUCAAGAUCGCGACGCAGUACGAGUGGCCCGCGGUGCUCCGGUAUCACCUCGCGUUCUACGCGCGGCGGUGUAAGGAGAUGCGCGUGGGCGAGUACGCUGGGUGGGGGAAGGUCGAAGUGGACCUGAUGGAGCAAUUCCUUGUGCCACACCAGAAAAACUGGUGCCCCUCGAUCGCGAUGUAUUAG